ACUCCAUCAUCACUCUCUCUCGCCUUCAUUCUUAUCCUCUUUUUUCUCAAAGAGACGACUCACCAACUUCAUAAACACUUGUGUAGAGUGUUUGUGAGUACUUAGGUUGUCGAGGAGAGUUGUUUUGUUUAAUGGGUCUUACUUCUUUGCAAGUUUGCAUGGAUUCAUCUGACUGGCUACAGGGUUCAAUUCACGAUGAUUCUGGAAUGAAUUCUUCAUCACCAUCGGGAGACAUGCUGGCAUGCUCGAGGCCGAUGAUAGAGAGGCGGCUGAGGCCACCGCAUGACCAGGCGCUCAAGUGCCCGAGGUGUGAGUCAACACACACAAAAUUUUGCUACUACAACAACUACAGCCUGUCUCAGCCGAGGUACUUUUGCAAGACCUGUCGAAGGUAUUGGACCAAAGGAGGCACCCUGAGGAACAUUCCUGUCGGCGGUGGCUGCAGAAAGAACAAGAAGGUUUCUACUAAAAAAUCCAAUGAUCAACCCAUGAACCAAAACCACCCAGGAUCAUCAUCCUCUCACAACCCUACUGAUCUCCAGCUUUCUUUUCCGGAGGCGCAGCUUUCUCACCUCACUAGUAUGCUUGGCACACACGCCACACUUGGAAACCCUAAUUUUAUGGACGCCAGUAGGUAUCAUGGCAUGCUGGAGAGCCCUAACCCUAGGCCUAUUGAUUUCAUGGAGAGCAAGUUGGAAGGUGUUGUUGGGAGUUCUAGGAAUUAUGAUUUUAUGGGGAAUGGUGAUCAUCACAUGGGGAUGGUUGGUGGGCUUGGAGAUCUAAACGGUCAUGGUUUGGCACCAAAUUUUCAUACUCUUUGCUCUCCUUUCGGAAUGUCGACGCUUGAUGGGAACAGUGGGAGUUUCAUGGACACGUGUCAGAGGUUAAUGCUACCAUAUGAUCAUCAUCAUCAUCAUCAUGAUGCAAAUGAUCAUCAGGAACAUCAUCAUCAUCAUCAUGCAAUAGAUGUGAAGCCAAACACCAAGCUAUUGUCCCUUGAUUGGCAAGACCAACAAGGUUGUUCUGAUGCUGGGAAGGACUCGCUUGUGUAUCUCAACGGUCUAGGAUCGUGGACUGGCAUGAUGAACGGCUACGGACCGUCUACAACAAAUCCAUUAGUCUAAGCAAAGCAAAUCUGAUCGACGGUCAAAGAUCCACCAACCAAUAUUGCAUGUUUCAUGUAAUAUGUAUGCCUUUAAUGGAAAGGGUUAGUUUUUUUCGUGUUUCUUUCUAUGAAGGCGGUCUUCCAUAAUCUAUUGACUUUGACAGCAGGAGGGGGAGUGUGAAUGAGAAAGACUGAGGGUCCAAAAUCGACUGCCGGAGUGCGCUACUAUUGGCUUCUUUUGUAAUUUUUAUAUUUUUAUAUCUCUUUGUUAUAUUUGUUGUCUUGUGUGUAAGACAUUCAAAUCUCUAGGAUUUUGUUGUAAUACCGAGGAAGAUAUAGUAGUACUGCUUUUUUCAGAUUA